AUGAAUAAUUUUUCAUUAUCAUUACUUAGAAAUAAUGAAAUGAUUACUAAGACUACUUAUAUGAAUAUAAGUAGUUCUCAUCUAUAUGAUAAUUAUACUUAUUCAUGUAUUGAUCAUUAUCAAUGGUUAGAAUUAUUUCAUCAAUAUUAUCAACGUAUACAUGUUUAUUUAUGUUUAAUCUUAUGUCCAAUUGGUGUUAUAGCUAAUACAUUAAAUGUAAUUGUAUUAUGUCAAACACGUUUACGUAAUCCAACAAAUUUAUUAUUAACUGUAUUAGCUGUUAGUGAUGGUUUUGUAAUGUUUAUUUAUAUAAUAUUUGAUUAUUUUUAUUUAAUGACACCAAGAUUAAUUAUUGGUAUGUCUAAAUCAUAUGCCCAAUUAUUAUUAAUUAAUAUUGUAUUACAAAAUUUAUUUCAUACAUUCUCUGCAUGGAUUAUAGUUGCUGUAGCUAUAUUUCGUUUAAUUUAUAUUAAAACUGGUGUUAGAGCUGCUAUUUAUUGUAAUAUGUUUAAAGCAUGGAUUGUAAUUAUAUUAGUAUUAAUUAGUUCUAUAUUAUUAACUAUACCAUUUAUGAUUGCACAUCAAGUACGUAUUAAAACAAAUGAUCAUUUAUUAUUGAUGAAUUAUCAGAAUAUAAUCAAUAAUCAAUCAGAUAUAAUCAGAUUCAAUGAUUCUAAUUAUAAUAAUAUAAUCAAUAACCAAUCAGAUAUAAUCAGAUUCAAUCAUUCUAAUACUAAUAUAAUCAAUAAUCAAUCAGAUACAAUGAUAUUAUAUGAAGUUGAUUAUACAACUAAUAUAAAUUUAAGAAUAAUAUUAUUUUGGAAUUCAGCUAUACUUGUUAAAGCAUUACCAAUAUUAAUCAUGACAACAGUAAGUACAGCAUUAAUAUUAUCUAUAAGAGAAUCAGAGAAACGUUAUCGUAUAUUAAGAAGAUAUCAUCAUUGUAAAAAUUUUCAAAUGACUAUAGAAACUACAAGGGUUGAAAGUUUCAUUCAUAAUAAUAAUAAUAAUAAUAAUAAUAAUAAUAAUAAUAAUAAUAAUAAUGAGGAUAAUGAUAAAUCAAUGACAGUACAACGUUCGAAACACAAAUCGAAUUCACAUCCUGAAACAUAUUCUGGUGGACGUAGUGCAAAUCAAACUACAUAUAUGUUAUUGACUAUUAUUAUGUUAUAUAUAUUUACAUAUUUACCACAAUCUGCAUUGCUAAUAUUAAAUAAUUUUCAAGGUGGAUGUUUCAGUGCAACUGUCUAUGAAAGAUUAGGUGAUUUCUUGGAUUUUUUAACAUUAAUUAAUAAUGGAUUAAAUUUUAUUUUAUAUUGUGUUAUGUCAAGACAAUUUCGAUAUACAUUUUUACAAUUAUUUUGCCCAUUUCUUAAUUUAUAAGAUGAUUAUAAUGAAAAUAAUUAGGAAAAUGGUUGUAUAUGUACAG